CUCGACGCUUCUGGCUUGAAGACGCAUGCGCUGCACUCGCGCUCGCGGGAGACUGUAUCUGCCUCGCACUCGUCUGGGUUCACUGGCCAUACGGACAGCUCGAGUCCUCCUGGUCACCACCCCUGCUUUACGUAGCUGCAUCGCUACCCGAAGAUGUCGUUUGGAUGGCGCGCAUGAGCAUUCUGUGCUCGAUCAUCCGCAUGACAACUCCCAAGUCCCUACAGCGGCGCGUCGCGUGCGCGACGGCGGUCUGCUUCGUCGUGUGCUGGGUCGUGAUCUUCGUGCAGCGAAUGAUCCGCUGUGCGCAUGCGUCAUGCAGCUCCGAUCAGCUAACGGGAAUAUUGCAGAUCGUUGCCGCGCUCGUAUGCGAUGUGGCGCUCGUCGCACUGCCCAUAUGGUCAUUCGGCGCCUCCAAGUUGCCUCGGGACCGCAAGAUGACACUCGUUGCAGUCUGCAUCUCUACAGCUGUCAUCACAGCAGCUAUCGUUUUUGACUCGGUCGAAGUUAUCCUUCCGAGGGGGAGACUAGGCCUCUUGACUAUGAACCUCAAGCCUGCAUUUGCUCUCACCAUCUCGAACAUGUUCGUUAUCACGUCAUGGUCGUGGCGUCUGUUCGGACACGCUAAAAAAGACCGACUGCGGCAUCGAGCUUCCCCGGCCUCUGCGUCCAACAACAACAACGGGGUAACGUUCACCACCGUCGACCUGAAUACCUGCCUGAGCUCGGGCAUGGUGCUAUCUUCGGCCACGGACGCGGCAAACUUGACCGAUAUUACAACUGACUCUACAGCUAUAAAUUCUAGUUCUAAUGUUUAG